CAGAGUGAUUGUAAUUUGUUUCGCAAAAAUGGUUCUGCAUUCUCGUGGAAUUUUCAACCACUUAUGGAAGGUUCUUCAAAUUGACAGGAAAGAUGUUAUUGGUGACGGUCUCAAUUUAAAUAACUAGUUAUUUGCAAGCCACUGAUUCCUCUUUAACUGCACAUUGGAAUGCCGUCGUUGAGGCGGCUGUCUGGAAGAGAGCGCAUCCCACGAGAAUUUGUGUGGCAAUUUACCUAAUGAACUUCUCUCAACUACCUUUGGAGCUUAUAGACGAAAUUCUGAAGCAUUUAGACGCGAUUUCUUUGGCUAAAUCAAGGCAAGUCUGCCGCACAUGGCUAGCGUUGCACGCACAGGCUAAAUAUAAACAGUUAUGGAGACAAGCUUGUGUUCAUGAUAUUGGAUACAAUGUUCUUGUAGAAAUAACUGGAGAUAGAACAAUAUUCUCAGACAACCAUCUUGGACAUUCAAGUACUGCUGGUGAGGAAGGCUAUCAGAAAACCUACAACAUCGAUUGGAAGGCCAUUUAUCGAAGGUGGUUCAGAAGCCGUCAUAUUGGAAAAUGGCCUUGUAUGAUAACUGAACUCGAAGGACAUUCAGGCCAAGUCCUGGAUGUGAAAUUCUCUGGGGACAGAGUUGUGACUUGUGGUGUUGAUGGUGUCAUUUGUAUUUGGGACGGGUGGACAGGAUGUUGUGUCAUGGUUCUCAGAGGCCAUCGUGAUUCUGUAACCUCCAUAUCCUUGAGGCAAACACCAGGUCUAUGGAAAAAUCCCUUAGAUACCCCCCAUGAUCUUCUUGCAUCAGGCUCCAGAGACUGCUCAGUUAAAAUCUGGAACAUGAAGGAAGGGUCUGGUGUUGCUGUAGCAACCUGUCAUGGCCACAAUGGUCCCAUCAACUGCGUCAGUUUUGGAGACAACUCAUUUUUGGCCUCUGCUUCAGAGGACUGUUCUGUUAGGAUAUGGCGCAUUAGCACAGGUGAUUGUACUUGUUAUUACACACUGAGUAAUUUAGGUGACUGGGUGGAACACACAAGACUUUGGGGAUCUGAUACUCUGCUAUAUGUCACAGUAAAUGGCAAGCUGGCUUUGUCGUCCAUUGCAGAUCAACAAAUAUUGUCAUCUAUUAGACUAAAAGCAUCCAACCCUUUGCUACCCAGAGUUCAUGGUGCUGUCCUUAGAGGGCAGAAUGUGCUUGUUCUAACCGCUCUUAAUGGUCUCUAUUUUUGGGAAAGUAACUCGAACAACAGCAUCUUGAACAACUUUCCAGUGAUUGGUCCAUGUUCUACUGGUGUUGUACGUGGAACAUGUUUGGCCAUGCAUGGAGCCUUGGUCACUGUAGGAACCAGUUCUACUGGAGCUGUGUAUGUCUACCACCUCAACGGCAAAUGGGGGAAUCAGUUUAACAAGAUCCACUGUGUGCUUCAAGUAAAUAAAUCUGCAGUCAAUGCUGUUUCAAUUGAUGAUGAUGGUCAAGGUCCCUGUCUUGCAGCUGCAGGGGACGACGGCAUCGUCAAAGUUUAUCGCUGGUUUCCACCAAGUGUUUAAACCAAAGCUGAGACACACUUAGGCAACAAGUUGCUGAGAAUCACAGCAACAGUUUGAUUCAUGUGCAUGGUGAAUUUACUUGAAAAUGCUUGUCCCAGCAAUAUAGUUUUGUUGCCUUAAAAGGAUGACUUGCUGUGGAAUGUAGAAUGGAUACCUUACAGCAAAACAAUGUAUUUACACAAUCAUUUCAAUUUUAUUAAAAUCACAAUUGAAGCAGAA